AUGUCGCUGGUUUUGAACAUUCUUUCUCAAUAUGGGAUUCCAUCAGGUGUUUCGGGCUCUCUUGGUAUUCAUAGACUAAUCGAAGCUCUGAAACACACUUUCGCGGUUAGGAUGAACCUUGCUGAUCCAGACUUUGUAGAUGUUACUAAGGUUGUUUCAGAUAUGCUGUCUCCAGAAUUUGCAAAAGACUUGAAGACGAAGAUAAACGAUGACAAAACCUUUGAUCCAAAAUAUUAUGGCGGCAUGUGGAAUCAAAUCAACCAUCAUGGAACAUGCCAUUUCUCGGUCAUAGAUAGCGAGAGGAACGCUGUUUCCAUGACUACUACAAUAAACAAUUACUUUGGGGCAGUGGUUCUAUCUCCAAGCACUGGAAUCAUUCUAAACAAUCAAAUGGAUGAUUUCACGGUCCCAGCAAAGUCCAGGGGUGACCUAAAUGUGCCCCCUCCGGCACCGGCUAGCUUCAUCAGACCCGGGAAACGACCAUUGUCCUCAAUGUCACCCACCAUUGUACUCAAGGACGGUAAAGUGAUAGCUGCGGUGGGUGCUAGCGGUGGAGUGAACAUCGUCGCCGCGACAACAGAAGUUUUCUUGAAUCAUUUUUUCCUUAACAUGGAUCCUCUUUCUUCUGUUUUGGCUCCAAGAAUCUACCAUCAGCUGAUACCAGACAGAGUUUCGUUUGAGAACUUGACGACAGUGUUCAGUGAUCAUUUCGAGAUACCUAAAGAGACAAGAGUUGAGUUGGAAAAGAAAGGUCAUGUUCUAUCGCCGAUGACCGGAGCGACGAUUGUUCAGUUCAUAGUUCAAGAAUCCGAUGGAAGCUCCGGCGGGAUGAGUAAGCUCGUGGCAGUUAGUGAUCCAAGGAAAGGAGGGUUCCCCUCAGGAUAUUGA